AUGGCUAUGUAUCUUAUGUUUUACCCGCUUCAAGCAUUUUUUGCAGUUGUUUUCUACGGACCGGCAGGGUUUGUUAGCACAUGGUUUACUGUUCUACAACAAUCAGGAUUGGUGUCAACAUUCCUUGUCACCUUUUUAUUGAUGCCAGAAAUCCAAAAGGUUGCAUUUGAUGCUGUAUUAUGCAAAGAAUGUGCCGACGAUGUUGUCUUGAUAGGCAAGUUACGCAGGGUAGCCAACGUACCAUUUUUGGUUAGAUGGGGUAGAAUGAUCUGGGCGUUACCAAAUAUGCUAGUGUUACCGUUUACUUUCAUCAGGGUAGUCAUCAUGUUCUUAAUUAACUCGAUUCCUCUAAUCGGACCUAUUAUGGUAGUUGUGAUUCAGGCUCCAACGAACGGACUUCGAGCACAUGCUAGAUAUUUCACUUUAAAGGAUUAUAACAAGAAGCAAAUUAAGCAGGUCUAUAAAAAAAAUAGAGGCCAAUAUAUGGGGUUUGGUAUUGUUGCCAACUUCCUUGAAACUAUUCCUCUUUUUAGUGUUCUCUUCAUGUUUACUAACACAAUUGGGGCUGCGUUGUGGGUGAUCGACAUCGAGCAGAAAUUAAAGCAGACAUCAGAUAAUAAAAUCACAGAAGCAUCAGAGAAAUUGGAUAUAGACGCAUACCCUAUAGAAGAUAUCGACGAAAAAAAAACAAAGGAGGAUACUCAAAAUGAGUACACUACAGAGCUAAAACAAAUCUCUAGUCACGUACCUAGUAAUGAAGUUAAAUAA